GAAGGCGGAAGAAGAGUAUGGGGGAGGAGCUGCGCGGUAAGGGGCGGGGCCGUGGAGUCACGUGGUGGGCAAUGAUUGCCAAUAAGUGGGCAGGGAUGGCUGUACGUCACAUCCGGUGAUAUAGGACACGCCCCUUCGUGACGUGCCUCACACUUCCUUCCGUCCCGCGUGCCGUCAACACGAGCUCAGCAUGGCGCUGUUGACCGUUGGCGUUCCGCUCUUGGCCAUGCUUGGGAUGGAGAUCUUCAUUUAUCUUCGUUUUAAGCUUUCCAUCUCAUACUUUUACCGCGAGACCACGACGCUGCAAACGGAGAGGAUGGGCCUGCAGAAUGUGGAGCUCUGUCAGAAGAACAAGACCAUGGAAGUGGAGAAAGAUGACUUUGACCAUGAGACCACGACGCUGUCUACGGAGAGGAUGGGCCUGCAGAAUGUGGAGCUCUGUCAGAAGAGCAAGAUGCUCCGUCUGGAGCUACAGCAUCAGCUGGAGGAGUUCAUGGAGAACCGAGAGACUCUCCAGAGAGAGAUCAGGAGCCUGGUUCAACAGCUUAAAGAGCGCCAGUUGGAGCUGGAGCCCACGAGAGUGCCUUGCAGGGAGAGCAAGUCUCUGCAUGCAGAUUUUCUCCGAGACUGCAAUGCAGCACAGCGGCAAAUGUCGCUGCGCUGUGAAAACGAAGAUCUCCGGAGGUCGCUGCACGCCCACCUGAGGAAGUUGAACUUCCUGAAUCCGCAGAGAGGGCAGGAACAGUUUAGGCUGCGCGGGAAGCUGGUGCGUCACGAGGACAUGUGGCAUGGGGAAAAGAGGCUGCAAGAAGAGAACCUGCAUCUCCGUAGCCAGCUGAAAGAGCUAAUAUGGACCGUGUCUCAAAUGUACAAUGAUGCCACCACCACCGACGGCCACUUCCACCGCCGCUGCCACAGCUUCCACCACCGCAACCGUUUCCACCACCACUUCUGCCACCACCACCAAGCCCAAGAAGAUGAAGAGAUUUAGCCAUUGGUUCCGAAAAUUGCUGAAGCGCAAGUCGGCCAUUUAAAAAUAUUGGGGAAAUUGUGAAAAUGACACCACCCUAAUUAAAACAUUACUCAGAAAGACAAACAUACCCCAUAGAACAUCAACAAAGUCAUAUAUAAGACAAAAUAUCGUACAUUUGCAUGCAACACUCUAAUAAAUACUGUAUUGUGAGCAAAACAUAAAGUUACUUAAAUGGAAAAAAAA